GCAAAUUGAGCGUACCCGGCAGUAGUGUCGUCUCGGUGAGGUCAGUACCGUCGUCUCGGUGAGGUCAGUACCGCAAACAGUUUCCGCUCAUAUUUAGAAGAGGAGGGGACGGUAGUGAAACUGUGACGGACAUAUCAGACUGUCCUUAGAGGUACAAUAAUGAACUGCUGCGGUCUGCUAACUCUGAAGAAGGAACCAGUUCCUCUGAAGAGCAUUGAGGUGGAGCUGGAGGUGAGGGACCAUGUGGCUACAGUGGUCUCCACUCUGAACUACGAGAACAAGGAGGACAAACCAUUAGAGGCUGUUUUUGUCUUCCCUCUGCCUGGAGAUGCUGCUGUCUGUCAUUUCAGUGCUAAGAUUGGACAGACACAGAUUGUAGCUGAGGUGAAGGAGAAACAGGAGGCUCGUGAGGAGUAUGAUGAUGCUCUGAGCUCCGGUCAGCAGGCCUUCCUAUUGGAGGAGAGUGAGCAGAGUCCAGAUAUAUUCUCUCUGAGUGUGGGCAGUCUGCCUCCAGGGGAGAGCGCCUCCAUCAGGUUGGAGUAUGUCACUGAGCUGGCUGUGCAGGCUGAUGAUGGGCUGAGGUUCUGCCUGCCUGCUGUGCUCAACCCUCGAUACCAACCUCAGGGUAGUGAAGGUGCAGGUGUCCAGGUGACUUCUGUUCCAGCCUCUCUGGUGCCCUACAGUCUGUCUUUCUCUGCCCGAGUGUCCUCUCCUCGUCCAGUCUCUAAAGUAGAGUCCAACUGUUCCCUGGACCCUCUCCAGUACCUCAGCACUGAUCAAACCCAGGCCACGGUCAAGUUGGCUGCAGGACACAAGUUUGACAGAGAUGUUGAACUGCUGAUUUAUUACAAAGACGCCCACCAGCCCACUGCUGUGGUGGAGGCAGGACAGGCCUCUGCUGAGGCAGGCACUCUGAUGGGUGAUCCAGUGGUGAUGGUGAGUCUGUACCCUGAGUUCCCCCAGUCUGUGAUGUCUUCAACCACUGCAUGCGGAGAGUUUGUUUUCUUAGUUGAUCGAUCUGGAAGUAUGGGCUGUGCUACCAAUUACAGCAAGCAGCAGGAAACUCGCAUAAGCAGUGCCAGGGAUACUCUGCUGCUCCUGUUGAAGAGUUUACCAAUGGGCUGCUAUUUCAACAUUUACAGUUUUGGAGACAGUUAUGAACACGUCUUCCCUCAGAGUGUGGAGUAUAGUGAGAAGACCAUGGAGGAGGCUCUGAAGAAAGUUGAGCAGAUGGAGGCUAAUCUGGGAGGAACGGAGAUCCUGCAGCCCCUCAAACAUAUUUACAGCCAGCCCUGCAUUCCCAAUCAGCCUAGACAGCUGUUUGUCUUUACUGAUGGAGAGGUGGGGAACACCAAAGAAGUGAUAGAUCUGGUGAACAAGAAUUCAGGUUCUCACAGGUGUUUCUCUUUUGGGAUUGGGGAAGGGGCCAGCUCUGCUCUCAUCAAUGGGAUUGCCAAGGAAGGAGGAGGUCACGCUCAGUUCAUCACAGGGACUGACAGGAUGCAACCAAAAGUGAUGCAGUCGCUGCGAUUUGCUCUCCAGCCAGCUGUGGUCGACAUCUCAGUCACAUGGGAUUUACCAAAGGAAGUGUCUGUCACUGUCCUCUCUCCACCAAUCACAGCAGUUUUUCAGGGUCAGAGGUCACUGAUUUAUGCCCAGCUCAGUGGACAGAGCUCAGAGGCAGCAGAGGGCUGUGUGACAGUGAAGUACAGCCUGGCAGGUCAUCCCUCUGAGAACCAGCUGCACUUCAGUCUCAGACCUGCAGCAGACACUGGAUUAACAGUCCACAGGUUAGCUGCUCGCACUCUUAUUCGCUCGCUAGAGAUGGAAGAGGGAGACAGCAGGCGAGAGAAUGAUGGAGGAGUGAAGGAGAAGGUGGUGCAGCUGAGUGUCCAAUCAGGAGUGAGCAGUUCUUUCACCGCCUUCAUUGCUGUCAAUAAAGACAAAAACGAGGCGAUCCAAGGACCUCUUCUGCACCGAGAUAUUCCAGUACCCAUGGGUGGUGUAUUGGGUUUUGCUGCUACCCCCUGCUGUCUGAUGCGUACCUAUUAUCUCUGUGAAGAUGCAGUGGAUGAAAUGGAUGAUGACUACACCGAGCUGUGCACUGAUGGAGUAAUUAUGAAUGAAGAGGCUGAAAUUGCUGAGCAGCCACCCAGAGACCCUUUGCUGCAGUUAGUCUCCCUCCAGAAGGCGUCUGGCUGCUGGCUGCUUGAUCCAGCUCUGGCUGCUGCACUGGGAAAGAGCAGCGAGGAGGUGGAAAAGUCAAAGCCUGCACCGGCCAGCAGUGAAGUGUGGGCCACCAUUCUGGCUCUGAUCUGGCUUCAUGGUUUCCAGACGGAUGCAAAGGAUGAGUGGGAGCUUCUGGCUGCAAAGGCUGUGUCAUGGCUCAAUGCGCAAAAUGCUCCAUCUGUGACCGAGUGCUUGGAAGCCGGAAAUGCAUUGUUGGGUUGCAGUGUGCAAAAAACUGCCCUUGGCAUCUGAGGUUUUAUUAACUGAACAUCUCCUUUACGAUUAAUACACAGCAGCAGAUUUACGCCAUUCUUCAUCCACAUUACUCUUAGCAUCAUCUAACUUCAUUUAUAAUGUGCCUUAAUGUAUGCUGCAUCUAUCCAGGCUCAGCUGUGUAAGAGGACUGGGGAUUAUUGGCUUGUAUUGUAAGUUCAAUUUUAACUUGUAUUGAAAUAAUCUUUCAUUGUUUCAUUUAUGUUGUGUAAGUAUACAGCUGGGGCCACAUUGUAGUCUAACAAGUUUAAAAACUUGUUGAAUACUUAAAACAAAAAACUGUCAAUCCCAAAUUAUUACUGAUUUUUCUGAGGGACUGAGGAUUUUGAAUAUUUAGUGUAACAUAAAAUUUUAAAUGGUAGAAGUUACAAAACAGCUAUUUAAUAGAUGAAAAGUAUAGUGAAGGUGACGUAUGCACCUAAUAGUGCAGCUGUAUUUGGUUUAUUGGUCAUUUAGAUAUGCAAGUAUCUGUGCAGAGGGACUAUAAAAUAAUAUUGUUUCACAAAGUCUGCUGACCUCACAGUGAAUGUACUUUAUGGCAAAAAUCUUAUUAAAACUUUCAACACAAGU